AUGCACUGGUUAGCAGCAUUAGACAGCGCCGCAGAGCGGUUUGAUGGCGGUCGUCGGAGCUUUCCUCUGGCCAGCGAAGCUGACUUUGUUCGCAACUACGCGUACGAGCCGCCGAAUGAGGACUACAAGAAGCUCUUCUUCUGCCGAGCGACCAUCUCACGCUCGCAGCGUGAUCCAGGUGCUCGUCCGCACAGCGCAGGAUGGCUGAUCCCCACCCGUGACGAUGCCAGCGUCUGCAAGCCCGUCUUCAUUGCCUACUCCGUCUUGUCAGCGAUCUGGCUUCUGCGCGAGACGCUCGCCGACGACGUCCUGCCUGACAAUAUCUGGGAUCGUCUGGUCUGCGCGGCCGAGUCGCUUGCGGAGGACGGGAUGGAAGAGCCGCCCCCUCAGCUGUCACAGCCUAGCGAACUGGAUGAGCAGCUGAAAGACUCCCCUCUGCACAUCACUACUAUCUCCAACAACAACCGCUGUGCGGAGCAAAAACGCAGCAGGACACUCGCCACUUCGCGUGCGAAGAAGCGGCUUGCCCUUGGUCUGGUAGCACCUGGCGACAAGGCUCCUCUUCUAGAGCAGGCUGCCUACACCUCUAUUGUGCAAAAGGACAAGUCCGUCGUUGCCUGGAUCAUUAAGCAGCCAGUCUCUGAUGAUACGGACUUCUACAGCUCCACCUAA